CUUGAAUCAUGCAUAAUUAUAUACGCUCAAAAUGGCGACCAUAGCUCUUCCAAAAGAAUACGGCUAUGUCAUUCUUACCGGCAUUUCUUCGGCUUUUAUGCUUACUUAUUUAGCUGUGAAUGUCGGGAAAGCAAGAAAAAAGUUUAAAGUGCAGUACCCUAAGAUGUACGAUGACAAGGAAAUUGUGUUCAAUUGUAUCCAGAGGGCACAUCAAAACACCUUGGAAAACUAUCCUCAGUUCUUGAUGCUGCUUUUCCUUGGUGGCCUUGAGCAUCCUGUUGUUUGCAGUGCUGCUGGCAUUGUUUGGAUCAUUGGCAGGAUCGUCUAUGCACAUGGAUACUACACUGGAGAUCCAUCCAAGCGUUCCUAUGGUGCAUUUGCUUAUCUUGGCCUGUUCACUCUUCUUGGCUGCUCUGGCAAACUUGCCCUCAAGCUCAUUGGAUUGAUUUGAUGGGAUUUCCUAGAUUUACCAUUUCACUUGUGACACCUUAAUACCACUAGCGUUUUGUAGAUUAUUCUGGUGGCAUAAUUAUCAUAGGAGUUAAAACAACUAUACAAGAAAGAGGGUGCAACCCCCAUGUAACCCUACCUUGACAUAUUCAUAUUUGACCAUUAAUGAUUCUUCCACUGAUUUAGAGCAGCUUAAAACAUACAUUAGCGUUAGGAACAUUAAGGGAGCUAGGAGUUGGAGACUGGUUCAAAAUCAAGCAGGAGGGGACUGGUGAAGGAUGAGGGAAGGAUGGUGCUUCUUCCUUAAACCCAGUUGCUAAUGCCACUCCACCCCACUAGGGGUAACGUUAUUAGUGUAGUAGUAGUUGAGUGAUUUAGGGGUAUAAUAAGCAGCACGUCUGAGAUUUCUUUUGUAUCACCAUCAAAUGGCUUAGCGUUUUAAGCCCCACUCCACCCCACUAGGGGUAACGUUAUUAGUAUAGUAGUAGUUGAGUGAUUUAGAGGUAUAAUAAGCAGCACGUCUGAGAUUCCUUUUGUAUCAACAUCAAAUGGCUAUGCCUCCGUAAAUUUUGUAUUUUUUUAAUUACAUUCAAAGAAUCCUUUAACAAGAGCAAAUUUUCUGUG